UGCAAAAACAGGUCGGUAAAAAUCCUCGGGAGGGAGCUUGCGCAUUGGCUACUGGAGCUCAACCGCCAUGGUGAACGUGUUACGUCACAGCCCGAGAGCACGGAUGUGUGUGUAUGUGUGUGAGACCGAGGGGCAGAGAGGAGAGUGUGUGUAUGUGUGUGUCUGAGAGAGGGUGAGAAUAGAAAUGUGAUCGAAAGGGUAAAAGAAGUAAAGGAAAUACAAAGGGAGGAAGAGAAAGCCUCGGGUCUUCGCUCUCAGCACAGGAAUUACACAUCCGAAACAUUUUCACGCAAACUUGCUGAGAGUUGUCCUUACCGGCGCGCGGACUCAGCUCGAGGUGGGAACAAGCGAAAAAAAAAAAAAAAUCUCCGGGAUGGUGGACUCCCGCUUUCCUCGCGCUUGCGGCCCGGGAAUCACGCGCCAUUGAAGGGGGGUGAUAUUGUGCAUGCGCUUUGGCUUCACUGCGUGCACGCUCGGGUCGGUCGAUACGAGCACACUGGCGUGGCUCUCGGCCUCCAUUUGCCAGUUUGUGUUUAUGUUCGAGGGAUUCAGCGAGGCUCUUUCAACGGCGACGACGACGUGCAACAGUUGGACUUUUACCGUGAACGUUAUUAUUGUGUCGCUCCCGUUGGCCACGAGGUAUUCAACCGACGCUGGAAGGUAUCAAAUGAGGUGGAACGUCAACAGCCAUUGGUGAUGCCUGCUACAGACCCUGAACUCACAUCCAUGGAGGACCCCUGUGCAGUUGAGGAUGAGAAGGGGAGCUUAACUAACGAUCCCUCCUCAGCUUCUCCUACUACCACCCCUGCCUCAGCAAUUCCUUUUCCUACCACUGUGACUAAUUUCACUGGUGAGACAGUGAUCGAGAACAGAGCUGUCUCCAUGGCAAGUAAUGACUGCAGCUCAGCUCUCUCUUCACCUGCUGAAGCUAGCCCAGCCAAGCCUGCUGUAACAUCACCUACUACCUUAGACGGGACUGUUGAAACAAGCCCAGCUACCUCACAUAUAGCAUCAGCGUCAGACUCCUUGAAAUGUACAGUGACAAGCAUUAUCAACAUUUCCGAAUCACUACCACUGUUGUCUGCUUUGCCAUCUACCACAUUUGGCAGUCCAGACGUGGAAAAUGACUUUCCUGCUGUGCUGACCUUCAAAGGUGUCAGUGUUACUCUGGAGAAUAACAGUGUGUGGAAGCAGUUCUACAGCUGUGGAACUGAGAUGAUUCUUACUAAACAGGGGCGCCGCAUGUUCCCUUACUGCCGUUACCGCCUGGCUGGCCUAGAUCCUGAGUGCCAAUACAGUCUGGUCCUGUCCAUAGUUCCAUCUGACAAGUACAGGUACCGCUGGAGCACAUCCAAAUGGGAGGUCACUGGACCAGCGGAACACCAGGCCCAGGGUCUGAUCCGAGCCUUUUCCCACCAUUACUCACCCUGCAAAGGCUCAGAGUGGAUGGGUGGCUUAGUGUCUUUCUACAAACUCAAACUGACCAAUAAUCCCCAAGACCAGGAGGGUCAUAUCGUCCUACACUCCAUGCAUCGCUACAUUCCUAGGUUACACGUGAUACCUGUCCCAGAUGGGGUCACACCCACACCUGACCAGCCUGUGAUUAUGGGACCAGAGAGCAUGACCUUUACUUUUCCACAAACUGAAUUUAUGGCUGUGACAACUUAUCAGAACUUUCGGAUCACUCAGCUGAAAAUUAAUCAUAAUCCGUUUGCAAAAGGCUUCAGGGAGGAUGGGAAUAACCCCCGCCUCAACAGGGUCACUACAGUCACUACAGAGGCCAAACCUGUGGUGAAGACAAACACUCCGUCCUCUGUUUUGAAACAAAAUGAAAGCAAAGAGGGAGCUGUGGACUUGAGCAAAAAGCAUCACACCAACUCUGCUUCUCCCUCAAAUACGAAAAGGGACUAGACUGGUCUUGAAGCCCAUAAUGUCUACCCCUGGCAGUAAGGAUGAGCCAUAUGUCCCCUGUAUAAGAGGCAAGCAUGCCCUUGGUGAGCUUGUGCUGGUCCAAAAACAGGCACUAGUGGAAGCACAGGAAGAAAACCACGC